GCUCCUUCAACAACAACAGCUAGUCAGACCCAUCGGUAGCUUUCGAGCAAACAUAGCUACAACAUUCACGCUCUUUACAAUGUUUUGGUGUAUAUUAGUCGCUGUGUAUUAAACACACUUCUGUCGUAUGUACUUGUUGGCCCAUUUAAUUAUAUAUUUACGUUGUUUGUCAGCUAUCUGGUUUGCUAAGUUAUCUUAGAACUGGGCUAGUCGCUAAUGCUAGCUAGCUAACAUCCCCGACCAUGAGUUCACUUAGCUACUCUCCUACUGCUAAAGAAGAGGCGGUCUGCUGGACGGAGAAAGAAGCACUCCCCAAAGAGGAGGAGGAAGAGAAAGAUGUUACAAUACAAAAACAAGUAGAGGGUGAGGCUGUUACAGUGAAAGAAGAAGAGAAAGACGUUUCAGUGAAAGAAGAGGAAGACGCGUUCAGAGUGAAAGAGAAGGAGGAUGUUACAGUAAAAGAAGAGGUGGCAGAGAAAGAGGAGGAGGAUGCCGUUUUUGGAGUGAAAGAGGAGGAGGGGGAGAUUACUGUCACAUUGGAGGAAGAAGAGGAGGUUGGAGAUCCGUUUAACCCCAGAGAGAGACGUGACUAUUGUGGAUCCUCUGGGGAGCCUCAACAACCUCAUGAUGCUGACAAGGCAGAGAAGAGUCUCUCCACAUUAGAACACCUCAAGAAACACCAGCAGAGAUCGAAAGGGAAGAGAACUCACUGCUGCUCUGAUUGUGGAAAGAGAUUCACCUCAUCAGGCAUGACAAUUCAUCAGAGAAUCCACACAGGAGAGAAACCUUUUAGCUGUGAUCAAUGUGGGAAGAGUUUUACUCAGUCAACCAGCCUGAAAUCACACCAGAGAAUACACACAGGAGAGAAACCUUAUAGCUGUGAUCAUUGUGGGAAGAGUUUUACUCAGUCAACCAUCCUGAUAUCACACCAGAGAAUACACUCAGGAGUGAAACCUUAUAGCUGUGCUCAAUGUGGGAAGAGAUUCACCUCCUCAAAAGUUGUUAAAGUACAUCAGAAAAUCCAUACUGGAGAGAAACCUUUUAGCUGCUCUGACUGUGGAAAGAGUUUUCUUCUCUCAGGACAAUUAAAAUCACACCAGAGAACACACACAGGAGAGAAACCCUGUAGCUGUGAUGAAUGUGGGAAGAGUUACACUACAUUUAACAAUCUGAUGGUACACCAGAGAACACACACAGGACAGAAACCUUACUGCUGUGGUCAAUGUGGGAAGAGUUUUACUCAGCCACAGACCCUGAUAUCACACCAGAGAACACACACUGGAGAGAAAUCUUAUAGCUGUAGUCAAUGUGAGAAGAGUUUUACUUGGCCACACACCCUGAUAGCACACCAGAGAACACACACAGGAGAGAAUCCUUAUAGCUGUGAUCAAUGUGGGAAGAAUUUUACUCAGUCAAGCCACUUGAUAUCACACCAGAGAACACACACAGGAGAGAAACCUCAUAGCUGUGCUCAAUGUGGGAAGAGUUUUACUACAUCUAGCCAGCUAACUACUCACCAGAGAACACACACAGGAAAUAAUCCUUAUAGCUGUACUCAAUGUGGGAAAGGUUUUACUCAGUCAAGCCACCUGAUAUCACACCAGAGAACACAUACAGGAGAGAAACCUUAUAGCUGUGAUCAAUGUGACAAGAGAUACUCUGAUAAAAGAUAUCUGAUUAAACAUCAGAAAAUACAUGCAUGAAGGAGUUUUUUUUAUUAUAUCAAACAUUGUAGAAGGAGUAUUUGGUUGCUGAUUGUCUCAGUGGGCAGUCAAAAGGUUUUGUGUUUUGCUUUUAGCCAGUGCAUCACAAUUUAUUCUCGGUCCAAGGGGACGAGAGUUCUAGAAGCUAGUGGAGUUUUUUUCAAAAUUUGUUUUAGGAUUCUAUAGAAAGAAAAAGGUGAGAAAUAAUACUAUUGUAUAUUAUUUAGAAAUAAAUGUUUUUUCUUGUUUUUAAUUGUUGACAGCCAGUAGACACCAUGUUAAUAUUGUAGAAGGUGAAGCAUUGUAGUUGAUUAUAAUGUGAAAUGUAAGUUGUUUUCUGUUGGUGGUGCGCAAACUUUGCCAACAAAAGUAUAGGAUAUAUUUAUUGUUGUCUUAAAGGGGGAAGGUGUUACUGGCUUUGGUUUUUCCAUUUAUGUUUUGAGGUUGAAUUUUUAGCACGUAUAGCUCGUUAGCACGUAGGACACACUGAUUGGUGUCACCUCGUUAGUCAGUAUGUGUUACACCAGUUCUUUUGUUUGCCUCUUCUUGGGCAGAUUUAGUGGGUCUCAUGGUGGGUGACUUUUAUGUCCCAGUUGUUGUUACUAGUCAACUUUCAGUGGACACAGAGCAAAACUGCAACAUUAUGUUAUAAUACUUUUAUUGCAUCAAAUGGUUGUUUUAUGCAACAGAAUAGAGGGUUCUUAGAACUAUUGUGUCUGUGUGUUCUACUGAGGAUGGGCCUCUGGGAGAUAACACUGACAGGAGAUUUACAAUGUCUUUUGGGUGAUGAAACAUAAAGAGACCGCAUUCCAGAGCAUGAGUUAAUGUUGCUGUUCUAUAUGGGAGCAGGGAGAGAUGACCCCAGGGCCAGACCCUGGUCCCUACACAAAGAGUAGUGUUUUUACAGCAGAUACUGUCUGCUGAGAAUUAUAAGUGUCUUUCAUACAAAUCUUAACCUUGUGACCCGUUCUAUACAUCUGUUGUUCGUCAUGUAGGUUGAAAGGGGUGUAUCUUGGCUAUAAAAUACCUUUGUACUUUUGUACACAGUUUCUCCUGUGAUGGGAGGCAGUCUGUGCUGUGUUCCAUGUAGGACUAAAGAUCAAGACCACCCAUCAAGAUCAAGACCACACAACAACAUGUGGGAAUCAUUAUACAUUCAGGAUGCAACACAACAACAUGUGGGAACCAUUAUACAUUCAGGAUGCACCACAACAACAUGUGGGAACCAUUAUACAUUCAGGAUGUAACAACAAUAUGUGGGAACCAUUAUACAUUCAGGAUGUAACAACAAUAUGUGGGAACCAUUAUACAUUCAGGUUGUAACACAACAUGUGGGACAAGUCAAGGGGGAACCAUUAUAAAUUCAGGAUGUAACACAACAUGUGGGACAAGUCAAGGGGGAACCAUUAUAAAUUCAGGAUGUAACACAAAAUGUGGGAACACUUUCUGAAUGCACUGUAUAUAUGAAAUUCCCCCACCCAGCAAUCUAAUAGCAUCAGUCAGGCUGUAAUUGUUAAGAUUAUCAAUGGAUUUUCCUUAGAAUGCCGAUUAGACUUUGUUGUUAUUCUUCUGUUUUUUGUUGUUCCUUGUAGUAAAUAUUUCAGUUCAUUUUCAUUGUUUUUCAUUAGUUUUUUCCUGUGAAGCCAUUGUGUUGCAUCCAUGUCUGAAAUGUGCUGUAUAAAUAAAGCUUCAUUUGAUUUGAA